AUGCUAGCAGCUUACGCUAAACACGAGAAAACUGGCCGGCAAACUCUGGAGUUCUUUCAAAAGAUGCUACUGGAAGGUGUGGCAGCCAAUGUAGUGAGCUUUACCUGCGUAGUGGGAGCUUGCUCGAGGCCAGAGCUUUCAGAACAGGGCACUGUGGUCCACGAACAGAUAACUUGCAGUGGAUUGGUUGCGGAUAGCUUCUUGGCUGCUGCACUCGUCAACAUGCUUGAAACCGUCUGGAGUAACUCUGAUCAGUGUCCUUGGAGCUUGCUGUUCUACGCAAGCGCUUCGAAUCGUGGAGCAUAUUUACGAGCGGGUAGCACAAGUGGGUUAAACCGUUGGAACGCUGCGUCCUGGAACACGAUGAUAGCAGGCUACGUUCAACAUGGUUUUGACCUUCAGGCCCUUCACUUGCUUUAUGAAAUGGACUUGGAAGGCAUCAAGCCCAACGUCGUAACUUUCCUGGGUAUUGUUGAUGCGUGCUCUUCUUUGGCUGUUCUUGGGAAUGCUAAAGCUGUGCACGAACGUAUUUCAGCUUCCAAGGUCGGCCUAGACACCGUUUUAGGAACCGCCAUCGUGAGUAUGUACGCAAAUUGUGAUAGCUUGGAGGACUCAAGGCGAGUAUUUGAAUCAUUGGAUUUAAGAGACACCGUUUCAUGGAAUGCUGUGAUUGCGUGCCACAGUGAUUUGGAGGCAGCUUCCUGGUUCGUCAAAAUGGAUCUUGAAGGUGUCAAACCAGACAAGAACACAUUCACUGCCAUGUUUGCUGCAUCCACAACUCUGCAACAAGGUGAGAUGUUCUUACAGCGAUUUAUGAACGUUGGUUAUGAGCUCGAUGAUGUUGCAGUGUUGUCUCUGAUCGAACUCUAUGGCAGAUUUGGAAAUGUAACUGCUGCUACAGACGUAUUCAACGCCCUGAAGAAUAAGAAUGUGGUGUCCUGGACUGCAAUGGUAACGGCGUGCAUGAACAACGAGACUGGAGUUGAAGAGGCCUGGCUUCUCUUUCAAAGGAUGCAGUUGGAAGGCAUCAAGCCCAACAGUGUAACUUUCAUCAGCUUGCUUGGAUGCAAUUGUAGCUUCAUACAAGCGCUGAUGAACACGUAUGCAAGGACUGGCAACCUGCAUCGCACAAGAGAUGUGUUCGAAGAACUUCAAUGGAGCGAACUUUGCUGGAACUCCCUGCUCAGGGCUUACGCAGAACAAGGACACGCCUAUCAGGUACUGGAGUCUUUUCGGUGCAUGAUUCACCAAGGCCUCAAGCCAGACAACGACACAUUUAUCUUUGUUCUUCAUGCCUGCAGCCAUGCCGGGAGCGUCGAGCAAGCUUGCGACUUGUUCAACUCAAUCACCAGAGAUCACAACUUGCAUCCCGCAAUCCAGCACUACGUCUGCGUCAUUGACCUUCUGGGCCGAGCGGGCUGGCUAGAAAAUGCUCACGAGCUUAUCAACAGGAUGCCGUACCAGCCAAACUCUUUGGCAUGGAGCACGCUGCUUGGUGCGUGUGGAAUGUAUGGGGAUACGGACAGAGGUACCCAUGCCGCCGGACAAGUGACUACGAUUGAGCAAGGUCAGCAUGGAGCUUCUUACGUAUUGCUUUCCAACAUUCUCAGCGGUAGGCAAGUCUAGAGGUCGAGCUUCUUGAAUCAAGAAAGCACCGUGAUCAGGUACUUGUUUACCUUUGUUAUUCUAAUAGUUAUUCUAGAAAGCGGGGCGUUCCUCCGCGACAACUUUAGUAGAA